GCCCUUUUGAAUCAACAUGUGAGGCUGGAACAUUCUCAGACUUUAUCUGAAAAUUGUGGUGUAGAGAUUUGUCGCCAAUGUGGCAUUAUUAUGGGUGAUAAACAAACGUUGGCAAAACAUAUGCUCAUGCAUCGAAAGAUCAACAAAUCAAUGAAACGAUCAAGAAGGAGGAAAAGUAAUGCUGUUGAUGGCAAACGUCACAAAUGUCAAUAUUGCGAGAAAAAAGCAAAACAGUUUAUGUGCGAUUUUUGUGGUAAAAGUUUUUCUCAGAAAUCAUCUCUUAUUCAACAUCAGAGAAUUCACGAUUCUAAUUCGGCAUUAACUCAUAAGUGUACAUUAUGUGAUGCCACUUUCUCUCAGGCUGGAAAUUUACGGCGUCAUGUUUCAUUAUUACAUCCCCCAGAUGUAACAGCACGUACGGUGUUUCGAUGUCCUCAUUGUACUUGUGUUUUUAAUUCAGUGCAACCGUUGCAAGUGCAUAUAAGUAAACGACAUCCAGAUGAUGCAUUAAAUACUGAGCAAAUUCCAGCUGAAAGGCAGCCAAACUUUAAUAAUGAUUCAGCUUUCUUGAAGCAGAAGCAAAAAAGCCGUCGGAGAUUAGUUUGUUGUUCAGUUUGUGGAAAAGCCUUUGGCAAAUCUUCUGAUUUGAUUCGCCAUUAUCGUAUUCAUAGUGGGAAUCGGCCUUUUUCUUGUAAUCGUUGUGGCAAAAGUUUUUCACUUAAAUCAUCACUAAAACUCCAUAUGAAUAACCAUGUUCGUGAAGAUAAUAUAGACAGCUACUUCACUUGUGCCAGAUGUCCAUUGUGCAUGAAACAACUAUCGUCAGUUAGUUCUCUCCGUCGUCAUAUGAAGCUACAUAGUCGCGCAUUAAUUUGUAGCUGGUGUGGCCAAUCGUUUACAUCAAAUAAAAUAUUAGAAAGGCACCAUAUUAUAUGUUUCAAUAAUACUAAAAGCGAAAAUUCGAAUCAUCUUAUUGAAUUAUUACCGCAAAAACAGCCAGUUGUGCAGGAAUCAACCAUUAUUCGCCCUUAUAAAUGUAGCAUUUGUACUGCAUCUUUCACAUCUCUUCGAUGUUUAAGAGAGCAUAUAAAUAGACAUACUGGAAUAAAACCUUACGUUUGUCGAAUCUGCCACAAAUCAUUUUAUACUCGCAGUAAGUGA